AGGCGCAGGGGCGCGAGGAGGGUGCAGCUCGUCGAGGGGCACGCAGCGCUUCCCAAGGCUCGGCCUCUCGCUGCGCCGCUCGCUGGGCGCGACGGGGGGCGCCCGCGAGCAGCGCUGGGCGCGGGCGGCGGCGCCGCCGCUGGAGAGCGCCCCUCUGACGGGCGGGCUCUCGCCAGAGAGCACCGCCAGCUCGGAGGCCGGUGGCCCGCUGCGGGCCGGCGCCGCAGGCAAGCCCGCGGGCGUGCCCAGGCUCAACCUGGGAGGGCUCGGGGCGCGGCCCGGCGCGGGCGCGGGGCGCAGCGGCGGCCCGAUGGAGCUGGACGAGGCCGCGGGCGACUCCAGCGGGCGCAAGCGCAAGGGCUGCGAGCUUGCGGCGGGCGGGGCAGCGGCGCCCGCUGCGCGCUCGGCGCGCGAGCCCUCGCCCGCCAGCACGCCGGGGCCCGUCCCGCUCGCGCGGCCGGCGGGCCGAUGCUUCACGUACGUGCAGAACAUCGAUAUCCAGCUAGCGAUGAUCAAUGACCAUCACACCGUGCUGCUGCGGAGCGACGGCACGGCCGCGGCCUGCGGGGACAACUCCUCCGGGCAGUGCGACGUCCCCGCGCCGGGCGACGGCCUGGCGUACACGCAGGUCGCCGCCAGCGCCGACCAUACCGUGCUGCUGCGGAGCGACGGCACGGCCGCGGCCUGCGGGGACAAUCGCUACGGGCAGUGCGACGUCCCCGCGCCGGGCGACGGCCUGGCGUACACGCAGGUCGCCGCCGGCGGCUUCCACACCGUGCUGCUGCGGAGCGACGGCACGGCCGCGGCCUGCGGGGGCAAUUCCUCCGGGCAGUGCGACGUCCCCGCGCCGGGCGACGGCCUGGCGUACACGCAGGUCGCCGCCGGCGACUUCCAUACCGUGCUGCUGCGGAGCGACGGCACGGCCGCGGCCUGCGGGUCCAAUCGCUGUGGGCAGUGCGACGUCCCCGCGCCGGGCGACGGCCUGGCGUACACGCAGGUCGCCGCCGGCGGCAAACAUACCGUGCUGCUGCUGAGCGACGGCACGGCCGCGGCCUGCGGGGGCAAUUUCUUCGGGCAGCUCGACGUCCCCGCGCCGGGCGACGGCCUGGCGUACACGCAGAUCGCCGCCGGCGGCGACCAUACCGUGCUGCUGCGGAGCGACGGCACGGCCGCGGCCUGCGGGAAAAAUCGUUUCGGGCAGUGCGACGUCCCCGCGCCGGGCGACGGCCUGGCGUACACGCAGGUCGCCGCCGGCGCCUUCCAUACCGUGCUGCUGCGGAGCGACGGCACGGCCGCGGCCUACGGGUCCAAUCGCUACGGGCAGCUCGACGUCCCCGCGCCCGGCGACGGCCUGGCGUACGCAGCAGUGUGCUCCUCGCCGCCGAGCGCGCCGCCACCGCUGCUCCUGCAGGCCUUCCUCGACGGGUCCUCGGCGCAGUUCGUGACCCUUGCCGGCGAGGAGUUCGCCCGUGUCCCGGCGGCGCUCUCCGUGGCGGACGUGCGCGCCCGGCUGGCGGCGGGCCUCCGCUCGCGCGCGCCUGGCCCCGUGGUCUCCCAUGUCGACGCCGUGCUGACGGGCGGCGGGCUGCUCAGCCGGGCUCCCGCCGAGGAGACCGUCGCUGCCGCGCUCGGGG